CGGCGACGGCGGGGCGGUGGCAGCGGCGGCUCCUCGGGGCCGCGCCGGCGGGGCUGUGCCGCUCCUGACUCGGCCCCGCGCCAUGGGGAGCAGCCGCGGCGGGCGGCUCGCCUGAGGCGGCGGCGACAGCGGAGGGCGCGGCAGUGCCGAGGGAGCCCCGCCGCGGGGGCCGCGACCCGCUUCGCCGGGGAUGCUGCGCUGGGUCCGGCAGCAGCUGGGUUUUGACCCACCACAUCAAAGCGAUACAAGAACUAUUUAUAUAGCAAAUCGUUUUCCCCAGCAUGGCCAUUAUGUUCCUCAGAAGUUUGCAGACAACAGAAUCAUAUCAUCCAAGUAUACAGUGUGGAAUUUUGUUCCAAAAAACUUAUUUGAGCAGUUCAGAAGAGUAGCCAACUUUUAUUUUCUCAUUAUAUUUUUGGUUCAGCUCAUGAUAGAUACCCCUACCAGUCCUAUUACCAGUGGAUUGCCAUUAUUCUUUGUCAUAACUGUGACAGCCAUAAAACAGGGUUAUGAAGAUUGGCUACGACAUAAAGCAGACAAUGAAGUCAACGGUGCUCCAGUUUAUGUUGUUCGAAGUGGUGGCCUUGUGAAAACUAGAUCUAAAAACAUUCGGGUGGGGGACAUUGUCAGAGUAGCCAAAGAUGAGACUUUUCCUGUUGACCUGGUGCUUCUGUCGUCUGAUCGAGUGGACGGUUCAUGCCAUGUCACCACUGCAAGUUUGGAUGGAGAGACCAAUCUUAAGACGCACGUUGCGGUCCCAGAAACAGCAGUGUUGCAGUCUGUUGCCAACCUGGACAAACUGGUAGCUGUUAUAGAAUGUCAGCAGCCAGAAGCAGAUCUGUACAGAUUUGUUGGAAGAAUAACUGUAAGUCAACAAGCUGAAGAAAUAGUACGACCUCUUGGGCCUGAAAGUCUCUUACUUCGUGGAGCAAGAUUAAAAAACACUAAAGAAAUAUUUGGUGUUGCAGUGUAUACAGGUAUGGAGACAAAGAUGGCAUUAAAUUACAAGAGUAAAUCUCAGAAACGGUCAGCAGUAGAAAAGUCCAUGAAUUCCUUUUUGAUUAUUUAUCUAAUAAUCCUCCUCUUUGAAGCCAUUCUGAGCACUAUUUUAAAGUAUGCAUGGCAAGCUGAAGAGAAAUGGGAUGAGCCCUGGUACAAUGAAAAAACAGAGCACGAAAGAAAUAGCAGUAAGAUCCUGAGAUUUAUUUCAGAUUUUCUGGCCUUUCUGGUACUUUACAAUUUCAUUAUACCUAUUUCACUCUAUGUGACUGUCGAGAUGCAAAAAUUUCUUGGAUCUUUUUUUAUUGGCUGGGAUCUUGACCUCUAUCAUGAAGAAACAAACCAGAGAGCGCAAGUAAAUACUUCAGACCUCAAUGAGGAAUUGGGACAGGUAGAGUAUGUGUUUACAGACAAAACUGGUACAUUAACUGAAAAUGAGAUGCAGUUUCGGGAGUGCUCCAUUAAUGGCAUAAAGUACCAAGAGGUCAAUGGUAAACUAACUCCAGAGGGAUUUUCUGAAGAUUCUCCAGAUGGAAAUAGGCAUGGUUUGGUGAAAGAGGAAGAACUGUUCUUGAAGGCAGUUUGUCUUUGUCAUACAGUGCAGAUCAAUGCAGAUCAGACAGAUGGUGCUGACGGUCCCUGGCAUGCCAAUGGAAUAACGUCCCCGUUGGAGUAUUAUGCUUCUUCACCAGAUGAGAAAGCUUUAGUUGAAGCUGCAAGCCGGGUUGGAGUAGUAUUUACUGGAAUUAGUGGAGACAGUAUGGAAGUAAAAAGCCUUGGAAAACCAGAGAGGUACAAAUUGCUUCAUGUGUUGGAGUUUGAUCCAAAUCGCAGACGAAUGAGUGUCAUUGUGGAGAGUCCCUCAGGGGAAAAGCUUUUAUUCACAAAAGGAGCAGAAUCUUCCAUUCUUCCUCGUAGUAAGAGUGGAGAAAUAGACAAAACAAGGAUACAUGUGGAUGAAUUUGCUUUGAAAGGACUAAGAACUUUGUGCGUAGCCUACAGAAGAUUCACACCUGAGGAGUAUCAAGAAAUUGGCAAACGCCUUCAUGAGGCCAGGACUGCCUUACAACAACGGGAGGAAAGAUUAGCAGAUGUGUUCAACUUCAUAGAAAGGGAUCUGGAAUUACUUGGGGCUACAGGAGUAGAAGACAAACUGCAGGAGAAAGUCCAAGAAACUAUAGAAGCCCUCAGGUUGGCUGGUAUCAAAGUGUGGGUGCUCACUGGAGACAAGCACGAGACAGCUGUUAGUGUCAGUUUGUCCUGUGGACACUUCCACAGAACCAUGAACAUCCUUGAGCUUGUGCAGCACAAGUCAGACAGUACCUGUGCAGAACAACUGAGGCAGCUUGCCAAGAGAAUAAAGGAAGACCAUGUUAUCCAACAUGGACUGGUUGUGGAUGGGACCAGCCUCUCUCUUGCACUCAGGGAACAUGAAAAACUGUUCAUGGAAGUUUGCAAAAACUGUUCUGCAGUGUUGUGCUGUCGCAUGGCACCCCUUCAGAAAGCAAAGGUAGUGCGACUGUUAAAAACGUCUCCAGAGAAACCCAUAACAUUAGCAAUCGGUGAUGGUGCUAAUGAUGUGAGCAUGAUACAAGAAGCACAUGUUGGCAUAGGAAUCAUGGGCAAGGAAGGAAGGCAAGCUGUAAGGAACAGUGACUAUGCAAUAGCUCGGUUUAAAUUCCUCUCCAAGUUGCUUUUUGUUCAUGGGCACUUUUACUAUAUUAGAAUAGCAACCCUUGUACAGUACUUUUUUUAUAAGAAUGUGUGCUUUAUUACACCACAAUUUUUAUAUCAGUUCUUCUGUUUGUUUUCACAACAAACGCUCUAUGACAGUGUAUACCUGACUUUGUACAAUAUUUGUUUCACUUCCCUGCCUGUCCUCAUAUACAGUCUUUUUGAGCAGCAUGUGCAUCCGCAUGUAUUGCAGAGUAAACCCGUGCUCUACAGAGACAUCAGUAAAAAUGCCCAUCUGGGGUUUAAACCAUUUCUUUACUGGACCAUCUUGGGCUUCUUUCAUGCAUUUGUUUUCUUUUAUGGCUCGUAUCUUCUAAUGGGAGAAGACACUUCUCUGCUGGGAAAUGGCCAGAUGUUUGGAAACUGGACAUUUGGUACUUUGGUCUUCACCGUUAUGGUUAUAACUGUCACAAUGAAGAUGGCACUAGAAACUCACUUCUGGACAUGGAUAAACCAUUUUGUUACUUGGGGAUCCAUUGUAUUUUAUUUCAUAUUCUCCUUGUUUUAUGGGGGAAUUAUCUGGCCAUUUUUACAUACCCAGGACAUGUACUUUGUAUUUGUUCAACUGUUGUCAAGUGGUUCUGCUUGGUUUGCCAUAAUCCUCAUAGUAGUUGCUUGUUUGUUUAUUGAUGUUGUGAAGAAAGUGCUGUACAGACAUCUGCAACCAACAAGUACUGAAAAAGCUCAGCUUACUGAGGCAGGUUCAGGUAUCAACUGCUUGGACUCCAUGUGCUGCUUCUCAGAUGGGGAAACAGCAUGCACAUCUGUUAGAAGAAUGUUGGAACGACUAAUGGGAAGAUGUAGCCCAACCCGGGUCAACAGAUCAUGGAGUUCCUCGGAUCCCUUCUAUGCCAACGACAGAAGCAUCUUGACUCUCUCCACAAUGGACUCAGCCACUUGUUGACAGGGACAUUUGUAAAUGCCUUGUGGAAGCCAUGUGGUGCUCACACACCUGUAGGUUCUGAGGCGAGUCCAGUGUCCGUCGCUGCCCUAGGAAAGAGUAGAGUGACUCCUAAGCACAGACCUUGUCUGUGGCUUGGCAUCUGCACAGCUAUUGCUUCCAGUAUUUUUUUCUAAUUAUAUCUACAAAUUGCUAAAUAAUUUUUUUGGAGGUAAGGAAUGCUUUUACCUCUGACCAUUUGAUCUUUUUUGUUACCGUAUGAACAGAUUGAAAUCCUGAAUUUAAUACUUGAGACGUCACUGCAGCGCAAUGACAACAUCUUUCUCCUCCCAAAUUUGAGUGAUCCAAUUUGAAUCAACUUGAAUUUGCACAAUUGAAGUUUUAAAAGUUGCAUUUUUCAUGAUGACCCUUCCCUUUAAACACACACAUUCAUUUUGAGCUGUGUCUCAGAUGCUGUCUUAGCAGUUUGCGGAUCAGUUUUUUUGUUUCUGUGGACGGUUACCAUAUUCUGUGAGCAAUCAGUUUAGUAAUUUUUGAGAGUUAAAUGCAAUUCAAAUAUUUAUGCUGGUAUAUGAGUGGCAAUACAUUAGUCAUUGCUUUGAAAAACACUGUUAACUGUGACAAAUCAAUAAUUUGGAAUACUAAGGGAUAUAACAGUUCACUGUUCUCUUAAAGUAUAAUUCGGAAGCCAGUCAUCCUUUAUUAUGCCAUGUGUGGGUUUUUUAACAGUUCCGGAUCCCGACAUGGAAAGCUGUUUAAAGAAUUGAUGGAUUGUGCAGAAGUCUCACUAGCAUAAAUUUUUUGAAUUAUUAAUCUUUUAAAGUUGGGGAAUUUUUGCAUGUUUUGUUCUUUUUCAUGUAUUUAUAUUUGGUCAUGUUGUACUUUGAAGAUAUAAUUAAUGCUUAAUUAUCUUCGUUAUAUCGGAAGGAUCCGAGACCUUGAUGGCAAUGUUUUGAUACCUGAGUAUGCCAAUAAAAGCAAAUUGCACAGUUGGAGGUUUGAAUGGUGCAUCUUGCAGGUACUUCUGUUGUCCCAGUAUAAACGUGUCUGCAGGCUUGGGGCUGGGUAGCAGCAACAUUUACAUGUUCCUUCAGCCAGAAUGGUUGUCUUUGGAUGUGGGAGAUGAAAUGGAGGUGCUGCCACAGGGAUGGCUGCAGAGCACUGCCUUGGGCACAGUGGUGUUUGUGGGUUGUGGCUGGUGAAAGUGCUGCUGCUUUGGGACAUCCUGUUUUAAGUCAGCCUCUGACACUGAAGUCCCAUCAAUAACUUCAAUACUCUCCCUGUCAGGCAGCUAAAGCUCUAAGGCUGUGUAUUUAAAAUUAACUCGGGGUAGAAUAAACUGUAAAUCAAACACAGACUGUAAAUAUCACCUACAGAACUUCUUCAGUAAAGGUGUGGGGAAGUGUAGGAUUCGGGCAAAGCCGCUUUCCCCCUGCCUGGGUGAGUUGCUGCCGUUGCCCUCAGUGCUGUCCCCCGAGCACAUUUCACAGCAAAUCCUUUGUAUUCCAUGAUUUAGGCAGGCACAUCCCACCCUCCUGCUUACAUCUCAGUAGGGGCCUGGGCUGCUGCCAGAGGAGUGUAUCCCUCAUUCUCAAAUCCCUCAUCCCAAAUUCUCCCGAGUUCAAUGAGGAGAGGAAGCGUUGAAGAGAUCCUGCUUUCCUUGGAUCAGAUCCUUUGCAUGUGCCUUACCUAAAAACAAGCUUGAGCUUGAAAAUGUCAGGUGUACACUAGAUCCCCACAGCAAGUGUCCAGGGGAUGAGGAAUCACUAAAAUUGAGCCUUGCCUUCUCCAUGCAGCAGGUAUGAACAUGUGACUCAUCCCACUGCAGGCAGCUUGAAACCUGGAUCCAGCGCAGAGAUGCAAUAACCUGAUUGUUGUCUCUCCAGUCCCCAAAAAAACUUAUCCAUAUAUGCACUACUAGCAAAAUACACUUGGAUUUCAUCUACUCCUAUCACUUUAUAUUUCAUAUCUAUAAUAUUAUACAUGGGUUUAAAAUUAUUUUCUUUGUAGUGGUUUCUCAUUCUCAGAGUCUUCACACUGCCACGGUUACCUAGGAAAUGCAGACUUAUGUGCUCUAAUCAGAUAUCUGCUGUUUAGCUGUAUCUUUUACACCUAAAUCACAGUGUUCCACCUUUCAGCAGUACCUGUUUGUCCAUGUCAGCCACAGCAUUGUCCCGUCAGUGUGUGUGACCUCAUCCAUCCGUGUGGUUCGUGUGUCCUGGACCAAAAUACAGACUGGGGUUAACGUUGUGCAGUAGGAAGCAGAGGCCUUGUACAGCCCCACUCCAAGCAUUUCCAUUGGCUCAACUCUGUGGGUGAUGUAUUUUGGCUUUUACCACAAAAAUGUGUUAAUUAUAUUUGCACAAAAGCAGCACAGUCCUAUAUUUGAAGAAUAAUUUACAUUCAUUAUGUUUCUUUAAAACCUUCCAUCUCCUCUCCUCCCUUUCCCCCCUACUUUUCCUUUUCCCAGUGUUUGUAAGGUUACCGAAGAAACAUGCAUUUAAACAAUUAAGGAGGAACUUAAGAAUCCAUCUGUCUGCCAAGGUAUAUUUUUCUAUUUGCAGUAAAUCUAAGUCAGUAAUGUCUCAUUCAGAACAUAGACACGGUUUGCCUUAGACCAGAUUUUUUGGUGUGACAAAUACUUUGGAUGGAAGAAGUGACUGGGGUUUUGUGUUGAUGUCACAAAGCUUUUAAAAACACUUCUAUUCAAGGAAGAAAGACUUUGUGUAUUUCUUUGACAGCUGAAGUGUAGGAAACCAUUCACUGUGCAUUGGGUACAGUGCAGAAUCCUUCGUGUAGAAGCCAGAACAAAAUCCAGCUAAUUCAGUGUAACACUGGCAUUCGUCCCUGAGACAGAGCGGGAACGGGUGGGGGACAAUUUGCCACAGGGAGGAAAUAUCUUAUUAUUCUCUCUUAGCCUCAAAAUCCAUAAAAGGCUGUAGUAGGAGUUUGUAGUUCAAAGCAAGAGUGGUGUACACUCGCUUUACUAUGCAGUGUCUCUGAAGAAGCACCUUCUCCACAGCCCCUCCCAAAUGGGAUUGCAUUCCCAGCAGGUCAGUUCUCGUUCUGGAAAAAACAGGGUUUGGUUUUGUUACUUAGGAAAACAUAAUUUUAGUUGCCAAGCUUAAGCUUUUAAAAGGAUGCAGUGGAAAAGACUUCAGUGGAAAGAUGUUCUGAAUUGUUUCACAAACUAAAAUGUAAAUAUUCUGCUUAAGAGUAUUCUGUAUAUCUUUUAAGGUUACAGAUAGGGGAGGGGGAACAAAAACUGCAAAGGAAGGAACCCUGAAAACUUUGGCUUUAUAUUUUCAGAGUGAUUUAUUGUUUUCAAGUGCAAAAGGUGAUUUGAGAAAAGCUCAUGCAAUUUAGAAUGCAUAUUAGGCACCUACAAUGUCUUACUGAAAACCUUUGCUAGUACUUUCAAACAUGUUUUUUAUGACAGUGUAACUUCUAUAUUGGAAUAAUGUAUCAUUUUCUAGUGUUAGAAGUGUCUCAAAGCUGUAGUCUAAAUCAUUUUUCAUAGUUUGAUACUUCUGUACUUCCUAAGGAGUUGUGAUUUUGGUGAAAUUCAGUGUUAAAGUGCUCAAACAUAAUGUGCUUCUGAACCAUUUAUUUUUGAGCUAUUUUGGGAUUCUCAUUUUUUUGGUGUAGAAUCCCUAAUAACUUGCCAUCAUUGCUGGACUCACCACUGCCUUGUUUGUUACACAGAUGUCCCUGCUUACAGUUGUUCCUAGAACUGGGCAAACUACUCACUAGGGACUAAUUUUAGCCUUUAUUCUGCUCCUAAAUUAGUUCCCAACUAGACUCUCUUCUUUGCAGAUCUGGGUUGGGGGUUUUUUUUGCAAACAUUUUUAUUGUUGGUUGUUUUGUACGUUCUUUGCUUCUGUUGUUUGCUUCCAGCGGCAUGAUUUGUCUGGGUUCUGCUCUCUGGGAAUGACUCAGUUUGUAACAGGAGGAGGGAAGAACGGGAUGCUCGUGGCUCUAUCAGCUCUUGCCAUCAGUCGUCUUAGAAGCGCAUUUGCAUCGGUAUUUGCGAGGCUUCUGCUUGCCGUAGAUUUUUUUUCCUUCAGCUAAAUCCUGCUCCCAGAGGCAUCGGGACUGUCUGGGUGGAGAGCCCGUGUGGCGCUGGUUGAAGGGAUGUUCCUGUCGCUCCCUGGCUCCGGCUGUGCUGCCCUCAGUCCAUCCCAUCAUCGCUGCAGAGGGGCCGCGGUGGUUCCGGGGCUGUAAAUGCGCAGAUGGGAGCGGAGGGGCCCUGGGCUGACGCUGUGCCUGGAACGUGAUGAAAUAAAUGUGCUGCUGUUUGUGGCACAGAGUGUGACUUGUCUGAAAGAAACCCUGGCCUGGCCUGGGGGGUGGAAUAAUUUUUCCUCAGCAGGUUUAAAGGAAAUUACUUCAUCCAUCAGCAGGUUCUCAACCUUUUUACGUUUUGAGAACGGGCUAGAAGAUAAUCUCUGGGGCAUAUAUAGAAAGGGGAAAAUGGUUAAAAAUGAGGCUCACCUUGCUGCAGGAGUAUCUUAUUUAUAUCUCAAAGAAUAGAUUUUACAAUUCCUAGUCGCAGUCCCAUGAGAGAUUUCGGAUCCUAUGCAUACAAAAACAACAGAUCAUCUUGUCUCCUGUUUUUUCACUGAAGCGUGAUCAAGUUCUGCUUUUCCGAAGGAAAAAAAAAACUGGAAUGAUAAAAAUCUCUGCAAGAAGUACUAUUUGAAAGAUGUUGAUCCUUAAUUUUAGGCAAAUAAGGGGCAUUGCCAACUGGAAACUAGCAAUAAUUAGUACAAAGAAUUUUGGACCUCUGACACUGUGGCUGCCUCAUGUUGGUUUUGCUCCUCUGACAGCGAGGCUGUGUGCUUGCUCCUUGUACAGCUUGGUCAGUAGAAGUUGUUUUGAAAAUGGUUUAUGAAAAUUAUAUUUAUUAAAUAAAACUUUCACUUCUA